AGGUGCUCUUCUGAAGCUGAAGGGGAAGCUGAUGGAGAUGCAAAAUGAUGAAACAUGAGAAAUCAGAGUCAGAGGCUCUAGAGGGUUUCAGUAUUGUUUCAGCGGGGUUUCGGCAGGAUGUAUUUUUGUUUUUGGGAUGUACAGAUUUGGAACCAGCCUGGGAUGUACAGACCCAAAGGCACGUGUAGUAAUUCGAUUUGGCGAGGUGCCUCUAGGCUUCGCAUGUCUUCGCAUCAUGCAUCCUGCGCAGUGUGUCCAAAAUUGCUGCCAGAUGUUUCUGCGGCCUCUCAAGUUCUACCUUUCUUGUCCUUCGCAAGCCAGUACCCCUUCCGCUUGCGUUCUCUACAAGCCGAACCCCCAACUGUACUGUGUAGCAGUCUGCCUCUAUUGCAGAGGUUGCAAGAUGAUGGUUGACUCCAAGGUGAGCUGGAACGAUGGCGUUUUGGUGGUGUCAUUGCUGUACAUGUGCAUCGACAUCCAAUAUGAGUGGGAUGGCUUUGCGAGCUGCCGACGUCCCAUCCACAAGUGGCUCCUGCUCAGCUACAGCCUGGUGGUAAUGUCCCGACUGGUGCAUGUGGCUGGAGCCCUGAUGUCGCAAAACGACAGCGAGUUCAUGUUGAAUCUUCGACAGAAGAGCACCGUAGUGCGACUUCUCCUUUCAAUGAUGUGGCUGGUGAUUCUGCCGGCUUUCACCGUUUGGUCCAUGGUGGGCACUGCUUGGGUCUGGGAGGUGAUGAACCACACUCCUCAGUGCCUACCUGGUGGCGCGCAUUUCUGGUUCCUCAUCGUGUGGCAGGCUCUUAGCUACCUGUGGAUUUUCGUCCACUGCGGCUUGGGCAUUGUUGCAUGGUACUUGGAAAGAAGACUGCGAAGGGCAGAGGGAGACCUGCGGCAGUUGGAAGACCAAGACUUGCUGUCAAGAUGGGGGCAGGUCAGCCGCCUGCAGAGCUACACCUCCGUCCCGGGACUACGAGAAGAAGAUGGGGGGCUAAAGGCGUCUGAGAUUGCCGACUUGCCCGGCCUCCUCGUGGUGGAUUGUCCUAUGGAGGACUGCCCAAUUUGCUUGACAGAACUCCAGCCUGGCGAGAAUGCUCGCAAACUGAGUGGCUGUGGCCACACAUUCCACCGCUCCUGCAUUGACCUUUGGCUGUUCCGGAGAGCAGACUGCCCACUCUGCAAGACAGAGGUGAAGUCAUGCUAUGGCUCGCCGAGGCUGCGGCGCCGUGCACUCCCAGCCGAGGAGCCUUCUUGGAACGUGUGAGGGUGAUGCCAUUCGUCUCAAUUUCCAUUGCCGGCGAAAGAUCCACAGAUGUGGAGAUCUGCAACGCUGAGAGCGGUGCCCAAACGGGAUUCCGACAAUCAGCUGGACCAUCAGAGCUGCAACAGAGCAGGGUGUUAGGGCUUGAGCGUGCAGAAAAAA